AUGGCAUCUACAACAUCUAUCGAUUGCAUUGAUUUUAAUAAUUUAGCACUAAUGUUUACUGCAUUUGUUCAAGCGAUGAAAUUAGGCACACUUUUACUAAAUAUGGGAUAUACAUCAUAUAUGCAUCCGCAAUCUAUUAUGGCUUCUGACAAUACGACUACUUCAGCUAUAAUAAAUAAUAAUGCACCUACUAAUCAAAUCUAUAAUAACACAUCUCCGAAUAAUGUGAGUGUUUCAAAUAUUAAGGUUCUUUUUCUCCGUAUUCGUAAGCCAAUACCAGAACUGAUCUUAGCACUAGUUAGGGAAUGUGCAAGACAUCUCAGAAUUGUUGAUAUUAAUGCUAGUGAUGUGAAGAAGAAAGGUUGCGGAUGGUUCUCAACAUGGAGGAUACGAUUGUAUGAUAGAUGUACCCAAAUUGCACUUGAUUUCUUAGAUAGUUAUAG